GGCAGCGGUGUGGCUGGCGUUUCACGAGCGGCCUCACCGUUUCGGUUCCAGUCUUGUCCUGUAGGUAGAGAGAAAGUUGCCAGCUUGCAAACUGGCAGAGUUAUUUUUAGAGCCCGGCGAAGGUUUUGAACAAAAAAGCCAGCGAACGCUUGGCCGAUGCGUUUAGUGGCUGAAAAAUCACAGAAGAGCCAGCUGCCGAUGUUGGCUUGUGGCUCUGAACAUCUGAUUCAGCUCCAUGCUUGGGUAACGUGCUCCUCGCUGUGGACCAUUGUACCCGAUUGCAUAAUGUAGGAACUAAAUGCACACCUGAACAGGACAGGGAAUAUAUGUAUUUUCUUGUGCUCCAUGCACAAAGAGCGCUUAUUUAGGAAGCAUAAGUAAGCUCAGACUUACAUGCCCUGUGGACAAAGCCUGUGUGUUUGCGGCAUUGAAAAAAUGAUUGAAGAACAGUUCCUUCUUUCAAAAGCUUCUUGGCACUUGUUUUGGUGGGCAAAUACUUUUGGCUUCAAUGACUCAAAAUCUUUUCAAAUGUUCUAUUGGUGUCCUAGUACUUACUGUCAUAGAUUCCUUUUUUCCCCCUUCAACCCUAUAAGCAUUGAUCCUUUUUCUAGUCUGAAAUGGAUUUAUCCUACUUAUUUAUACCUGCAUUAUUCCUCAGAGAACUUGAGGCAGCAUACAGAAAAUGCAUGCUAUAGCAUAAGAUGAGAAUGCGGAAAUUGGUAUGAUGUUAAAGGAAGGAAGGACAGGAUACCAGGACAAUACAGCAGAUUGGCCAGCGCAGAGUGUUUUAUAGUGUUUUUGAGAUCACAAUAAACUAAUCGAUUGACAGAGAGGUACACCUUUUCCUGAUACUAGCAGUUUAGGAAAACUUACUUCAUGGGCCUUCCUGAAGUGGAAACUCUGAAUUCCCAGUUUGAAACAAGGACAGAUGUCUUUCUGACAAUCCUCGCCACAGCAACAUCCUCAGAGCCGGAGUGAACUGCGCCCGGCGCGGGCACAGGGCCUCCCCCGCCAGCCACCUGCGGCCGGGAGAAGGCGAGCGCAGGGACAGCGCCCCACCGCCACCCGUCCCCGGAGCGCCAUGGCCAAGAACCGCAGGGACAGAAACAGUUGGGGUGGGUUUUCAGAAAAGGCAUAUGAAUGGAGCUCUGAAGAAGAAGAGCCAGUGAAAAAGGCAGGACCAGUCCAAGUCCUCGUUGUCAAAGAUGACCAUUCCUUUGAAUUAGAUGAAACUGCACUAAACCGGAUCCUUCUCUCAGAGGCUGUGAGGGACAAGGAGGUGGUCGCCGUAUCUGUUGCUGGAGCAUUUAGAAAAGGAAAAUCAUUCCUGAUGGACUUCAUGUUGAGAUUCAUGUAUAGCCAGGAAUCAGUUGAUUGGGUUGGAGAUUGCAAUGAACCAUUGACUGGCUUUUCGUGGAGAGGUGGGUCUGAACGAGAGACCACGGGAAUCCAGAUAUGGAGUGAGAUCUUCCUUGUCGAUAAACCUGAUGGUAAAAAGGUUGCAGUGCUACUGAUGGAUACUCAGGGAACCUUUGAUAGUCAGUCAACUUUGAGAGAUUCGGCCACAGUAUUUGCCCUUAGCACAAUGAUCAGCUCAAUACAGGUUUAUAACUUGUCUCAAAAUGUCCAGGAGGAUGAUCUUCAGCACCUUCAGCUUUUCACUGAGUAUGGCAGGCUGGCAAUGGAGGAAACAUUCCUGAAGCCAUUUCAGAGUCUGAUAUUCCUUGUUCGAGACUGGAGUUUCCCAUACGAAUUUUCGUAUGGAGCUGACGGUGGCUCCAAAUUCUUGGAAAAGCGCCUCAAGGUCUCAGGGAACCAGCACGAAGAACUACAGAACGUUCGAAAACACAUCCAUUCCUGUUUCACCAAAAUUUCCUGUUUUCUGCUACCUCAUCCUGGCUUAAAAGUAGCUACCAAUCCAAACUUUGACGGAAAACUGAAAGAAAUAGAUGAAGACUUCAUCAAAAACUUGAAAAUACUCAUUCCUUGGCUACUUAGUCCUGAGAGCCUAGACGUUAAAGAGAUCAAUGGGAACAAGAUCACCUGUCGCGGUCUGGUGGAGUACUUCAAGGCUUAUAUAAAGAUCUAUCAAGGUGAAGAGUUACCACAUCCCAAAUCCAUGUUACAGGCCACAGCAGAAGCUAACAAUUUAGCAGCCGUGGCAACUGCCAAGGAUACGUACAAUAAAAAAAUGGAAGAGAUCUGUGGUGGGGACAAGCCAUUCCUGGCCCCUAACGACCUGCAGACCAAACAUCUGGAGCUUAAGGCGGAGUCCGUGAAGCUGUUCCGCGGGGUGAAGAAGAUGGGCGGGGAAGAAUUCAGCCGGCGUUACCUGCAGCAGCUGGAGAAUGAAAUAGAUGAGCUUUACCUGCAGUACAUCAAGCACAACGACAGCAAGAACAUCUUCCACGCGGCGCGCACCCCCGCCACGCUGUUCGUUGUCAUCUUCAUCACGUACGUGGUGGCUGGCGUGACUGGGUUCAUCGGUUUGGACAUCAUAGCUAGCCUGUGCAACAUGAUCAUGGGGCUGACCCUCAUCACCCUGUGCACCUGGGCGUACAUCCGGUACUCUGGAGAAUACCGGGAGCUGGGCGCUGUCAUAGACCAAGUGGCUGCAGCCUUGUGGGACCAGGGAAGUACAAAUGAGGCUUUGUACAAGCUUUACAGCGCAGCAGCAACCCACAGGCAUCUGUAUCAUCAAGCUUUUCCUGCACCAAAGUCAGAAGCUACUGAACAAUCAGAAAAGAAGAAAAUUUAAUCCAAAAUUUCAAAAAUACAGGUGUGCAUGACCAAAUUGCCAGUUAAAUAUUGUUUUAUGUCUCCAUGCAAACAUCCAAAGUGCUUCCAUCAGAACAGAGUAAAAUACCAAGCACCUCUGAAGACUGCAAAAUGGUUUAGUUCCUUUACUUCAGUGUUUAAUAAGCAGAUGUACGUAUGCAUGGUUAUAUCAUUUUGUUAACAUGUACAGUUUCCUGAUUUUGUCUUCAAAUAUGCUGUUAUAAUUUGAAGAAUUUGUAUAUUUAUGAUAACAGUACAUGUGUUCUGCUUGAAUUUGCUAAAUUCUACUACCAGGUUAUAGUUAAACCAUGUAGUAAUAUUACUCCACAUUUGGAUAUGCUCAUUUAAUUUCUACAGAAGAAUUUUAAAAUUAUUUCACAGUCAUUUGUUAAAAUACAGCAUCAUAGCUCAACAGGCUUGAUUCAAUCUAUACCAUCUUACAUAUACCAUUAGCUCUUAUAAAAGACAUCUAAGAGAGCUUUUCAGUUGCUUUAUCAAAAACUAUAUCUUGCUUUUCUAUUAUGAUUUAAUAUAGAAUAUAAACCUUGAUCAAAAAUGCACAAAAAAUCACUUUGUAUAUGUAUUUGAGUUUCACUGCAUUGUAUAUUUUUUCAUUUGGUACACAAAGAAAUGUAUUCAUCAUAGGUUUAUUCUUUUAACAUGUGAACUAUUAUUAAAGUUUACUCUGGUUCCUAAGAUUAAAAACAACUGAAUUUGGAAA